AGAUUGAAGUCACUUCACAGAACAACACUCAGGUCCCAGACGCUUCUACAUGUAACUGCUAAUGUGCACCGCCUCUUGCUUUUUUGUAUCUAUUCUCUCUCAUUUCUCCGGUAUCUAUCUCACUCUGACUUGUUCCUCGUUGGCUUUCGCUUCAAUUGGAGAACAACAUCUAGGGGAGGGAUGGAACUCCCAUCUUGGGCUCGUGACCCCCUUUUACCUCUUGUCUAGAGUCCGUGCAAUUGUGCACCAACAUUCUCGAUUCGAGGAGCUCAUGUCUACGCAGCGCAAGGCUCUUAGUCACGAUGUGUAUCGGGGUCAAGAGAGGUCGCCAUUUCGCAUUGUGUUGCUCUAAGCUACUAUAAGUGAGAAAGACGCAUAUGUUGCCCUUACGGGUGUAGCAAGUGAAGAGUUUAUUCGUUGAGGGUCCAGGAAGGGCACAUUAAGAGGGGACUCUGUUUUCUACACAUCGCAAACGCAGCUCUCAAUGCAGUUUAUAAUGA